AUGACGACCCUCACAAACGCCUUCUCACAUUCGUCUCAUGACACUGCCAUCAUUGUGCCUGGCAAGCAGCCCUUGACUGUGUCGUACGAGCAACUCACUGCAGACAUUCUCUCCUUCCAAGAGAAGCUCGCAAAGUUGGGCAUUACUCCUGGCUCAGCAGUCUCGAUCGCUCUUCCCAACACAUACCCUUUCAUCGUCGCUUUCCUCGCAACCGCCUGGCAGCGUGCUAUUGCCGCCCCUCUCAACCCAGCAUACAAGCAAUCAGAGUUCGAGUUUUACAUCGAUGACUUAAAGUCUGCUCUCGUCCUGGUCCCCCAAGGUCUGGCAGACGGUCCUGCUGUCAAGGCUGCAACCAAGUACAAUGCUGCCGUCGCUGAAUGUUACUGGAAUGGAAAAGAGGUUGUUUUGGACAUCAAGGACGAGGGAAAGCUCAAGGGCAAGGGCAACAAGUCAAUCGAGUACGCUCAGCCUGAUGAUGUCGCUCUUGUUUUGCACACUAGUGGUACUACUGGCCGUCCCAAGGCCGUCCCUCUUUCACACAAGAACUUGACACGCACAAUGUCAAACAUCAAGGCAACUUACGAGUUGACCAAGAAUGAUCGCACCAUGUUGGUCAUGCCGCUCUUCCACGUUCACGGUCUCCUCGCUGGUUUCCUUGCUCCUCUACUCUCUGGCGGUUCUGUUGUUGUGCCCCCCAAAUUCUCGGCUUCCGACUUCUGGCGUGACUUCCAAACCCACAAGGCAAACUGGUACACUGCUGUACCUACCAUCCACCAGAUCUUGCUCAAGAGUCCCAUUCCUUCUCCUCUACCAGACAUCCGCUUUAUCAGAUCUUGCUCUUCACCUCUGUCUCCCAAGGUCUUCCAUGAGCUCGAGAAGACAUUCAAGGCCCCCGUUCUUGAAGCCUACGCCAUGACCGAGGCUGCUCACCAAAUGACUUCCAACCCUCUGCCUCACAAGGGCAAGCGUCAACCAGGCUCUGUCGGUGUUGGUCAGGGUGUUGAGAUCAAGAUUUUGGAUCAGUCAGGCAAGGAAGUUGCUCAAGGCUCUGAAGCCGAAAUCUGCAUUCGUGGUGAGAACGUCACUGCUGGCUACCUCAACAACCCGGAAGCAAACAAAUCUUCAUUCACUGCCGAUGGCUUCUUCCGUACUGGUGACCAGGGUAAAAAGGAUCCUGAUGGCUACGUGAUCAUCACUGGCAGAAUCAAGGAGCUUAUCAACAAGGGUGGUGAGAAGAUCAGUCCCAUCGAACUCGACAACGUCAUGGCACAACACCCUGCAGUAUCCGAAGCCGUCAGUUUCGCCAUCGCUGAUGACAUGUACGGUCAAGACGUCGGUGUCGCCAUCGUCCUCAAGGACAGCCAAAAGCUCGAGCCUGCAGACCUAAAAUCCUGGAUGGCCGAACGUGUUGCAAAGUUCAAGUUGCCCAAGAAGAUCUUCUUUACUGAUGUCAUGCCCAAGACUGCUACUGGUAAGAUCCAGAGACGUAUGGUUGCUGAAGCUAUGCUCAAGCAAGAGGGUCCCAAGGCCAAGCUGUAA